UACUUUUCACUGGUUCAAUAAAUUUUUCAGUAUUCUCAUCUCAUCCCAUCUCAUCGCGCAACAUGGUUAACUACCAAACUUGGUUGAAGGAAAUUGACGACAACACCAGACUUUCCAAGUUGUCAAUUCCAGGCACUCACAACUCCGCUGCCUGUCACACUGCUUUGCCAUCUGUCCAAUGUCAGGGUAAAUCCGUCACCGACCAAUUGAAGCAUGGGGUCAGAUUUUUGGAUAUCAGAGCCGGCAGACAAUUGAUUAAAAACGACGAUCCUAAGCAAGAAUUGCAAGUUAUCCAUGGCAAGUUCCCUGUCAGAAUUCCAUUCCCCAUUCAAUUAGAAGAUGUGUUGAAAGAAGUUUACGACUUCUUGGACGACAACAAGUCUGAAACCGUUAUUGUUUCGUUGAAGCAAGAAGGGUCAAAUGACUGGGACAACCCCAAUGACGAGUUCCCCAACUUGAUCUGGGAAAAGUACGUUGAGCCUAACAAGGACAAAUGGUAUUUGAACACCGACAUUCCAAAGGUUGGAGAUGCAAGAGGUAAGGCUGUUCUCUUCAGAAGAUUCGGAGUCAACAACGAAGACAGAAAAAGAGAGUUUGGCUUCGACGCGGCUUCGUGGAAGUACAACACUACUGAUGACGACCGUGGAUCGUUUGUUGUCCAGGACUUCUGUGAAGUCCAGAAGGCUGACGACAUUCCCACCAAGAUCAACUACGUCAAAGACUUGGCCAACAAGGCUAAGGACUAUACCAAGGACAAUGACAACAAGUUGUUCGUCAACUUCACGUCUGCUUCCAACUUCUUCGACCACGACUGCUGGCCACAACAGAUUGCAAAUGCCUUGCUCAAGAGUGAUGUCGCCGACAAAUUCGAGAAGGGUGUUGGUAUCAUCGUGUUGGACUACGUUGAAAGCGACGACUGGAAGUUGUCCAAGAAGUUGGUUGACUCUAACUUCUAAUCUACUUGUAUUUUUGCCUACUUGGUUUGUGACUAUGUAAGUAAGAAAAAAUCAUGAUGAAUGAUUCUACUAGUUAUAUCUCAAUAUAUGUUCAGAUUGCUUUAC